AUUUCAACGUACAUUCACUGACAGUAUACAAUGGGAACAUAGCGUCAUGUCAGAGUUAAAGAGAAAUAGAUUUGCGGGUACGCCCGGCAGCGUACCUGCUGGUCCAGGUACGCCCGGACAGCCUAACACUCCCGGACACACAACUACGCCCGGACGGACUACGCCUGCUUAUCAGAUCAGGGGCAUGCCAACUCCAGACAGACAAACAGGUUCCACUACCCCCGGUCGUACUCCAGGCUCAACUACACCCGGUCGAAUGUCUGGCUCAACUACGCCUGGGCGCAUGGCAGGUUCAACUACGCCGGGUCGUGGUCCGCUGCGCAGCAACAUCAAGCAGCGCUCAGUACUGCGCACGCCCGGUACUCCCGGUCAUGAUACCCCUGGGAGGGGUACUCCUAAACGUACUCCUAAACGUCCUGCUGAGUCCCUGGUUUUUAAGGAAGAAGUACAGAGACAUACUGUGCAUACGUUAGUAUUCCGUUCUCUAAAAAGAACGCACGAUAUGUUCCUAUACGACCAGUGGGCUGCUCUACCUACACCAGAAGAAAUUAAAGAAUCCCGCAAAAAUUACAAGAAACAGUCUGAGUAUUCUCAUGUUAAAGAUAUGGACGCUCCUGUGAUUGUUAGGAAAGAAAAGAGUGUCCCACUGGGACCACCAACUUCAGGACAAGAACUAGUAGCAGCACAAAACAACAACAUGCCAUCAGAUAAACAGAUAAACAACGCGCUGGCAAUUAACCAGAACACUAAGACGUUAACGUUGGCCUCAAGACGAGCUCCACUACCUAAGCCUCAGUGGCACCCACCAUGGAAACUAAUGAGGGUUAUAUCCGGACAUUUGGGGUGGGUCAGAUGUGUAGAUGUUGAUCACACUAAUGACUGGUUUGUUACUGGGUCAGCAGAUAGAACUAUAAAGAUAUGGGACCUUGCUACUGGAACGUUAAAGUUAUCAUUGACUGGGCACAUUUCUACAGUGAGAGGAGUUGCUGUAAGUGAUAGGCAUCCUUAUCUGUUUAGUUGUGGGGAAGAUAAACAAGUCAAGUGUUGGGAUCUUGAGCAGAACAAGGUAAUCAGACACUACCACGGUCACUUAAGUGCAGUGUACGCUCUCUCAGUGCACCCUACACUGGACAUACUGUGUUCUGUGGGACGUGACGCCUCCUGCAGAGUCUGGGAUAUGAGAACUAAAGCCUGUGUACACACACUGACAGGACAUACUAACACGGUGGCUGAUGUCAAAACACAAGCUACAGAACCGCAGAUUAUAACAGCUAGUCAUGACUGUACUGUCAGGUUAUGGGAUAUAGUAGCAGGAAAAACACGAGCAACCCUAACAAAUCACAAGAAGAGUAUAAGGUCCCUUGUGAUGCACCCCACACAGUACUCAUUCGGCAGUGCUAGUGCUGACAAUAUUAAACAGUGGAAAUGUCCAGAUGGGGAGUUUAUACAGAACCUUUCCGGUCACAAUGCUAUUCUAAACGCUCUGGCUCUGAAUCAAGAUGGUGUUUUGGUGUCCGGAGCUGACAAUGGCACUAUUCACUUCUGGGACUGGAAAACGGGGUACAACUUCCAGAGGUUCCAAUCUCAAGUUCAGCCCGGUUCUCUAGACUCAGAGAACGGACUCUUCGCUAUGCGCUUCGAUCACAGUGGUAGCCGACUGAUCACGUGCGAAGCUGAUAAGACGAUUAAAAUCUACAAAGAAGACGAAACUGCAAUAGAGGAGCCCAUCAACUGGAAACCUGAUCUACUCCGCAAGCGUUACUAGAAGUGACGUUAUUGCUGUGACGUUAUUACUGUCUAUAUUGAUUCUUUUAUGAUAGGUUUUUAAGAAAAGAAACAAUAACUGUCGAUUGGAGGACUGCCAAUUGAAAAACAUGCUCCCUUAUAAAUGUAUUAUAAGUUUGUGCUGGAGAGCCUGCUCCUUUAUAAAUGCAUUUUGAGUUUAUUAUGGAGAGCGUGCUCCUUUAUAAUUUUAACACAAUGUCAGCAGGUGAGCUCUUUGUCUUGAUCAGACUGUUAAUGUUUUUACAUUGUUACCACGAACUGUGUCUCAUUGUGGGGUUACAGUUGCGGGCCAUCUUUUUUAAUUUUCUUAUGAUAUAUUUUUUGAUGCAGUUGUAUCAGUACACAGUAUGGGGUGGUUUCAGUAAUGUGUUACUAUGGUAACAUGUUGCUAUGGUUAAAGUUAAAAUAGUUUAGGUUUAGGUUCUGCGUCGGAGGAAGAACAGGAUUCAUUUAAAGAAUUUGAAAUGAUAAUGAUUUUUGACUGAACUUGAGCAUUGA